AUGGGCGGCGACAACAAUGAAAAGCCUUUACGUGAUUAUGCAAUGCCAAAUGCUAGUGGUGCACCUUCAAGUAUUGUAAGGCCUACUAUUUCUGCUAAUAAUUUUGAGCUUCGCCCUCCUUUAAUUCAAAUAAUUCAACAAGACCAAUUUAGUGGCCUAGAUAAUGAGGACCCUAAUGAACAUAUAACCACUUUUCUUUUUAAAUGCGAUAUUGCUAAGUUAAAUGGAGUGAUUGACGAUGUUAUUCGACUUGGUUUGUUUCCGUUUUCACUAAAUAAAGCUAAAACGUGGUUAAAAUCUAAUCGUUCUAAUUCAUUUACAACAUGGGCUACAUUAUCUCAAGCUUUUCUCAAAAGAUAUUUCCCUCCUGGAAAAACUACUAAGUUUAGAAACGAUAUAACUAGUUCUGUUCAGUAUGAUGGGGAAUCUUUAUAUGAAGCAUGGGAAAGGUUUAAAGAUUUACAACGUAAAUGUCCUCAUCAUGGUGUCCUUGAUUUGUUGCUAGUGCAAACUUUUUAUAACGGUCUUAAUGAAUCUGUUAGAAUAACUAAAAAUGCGGCCGCCGGAGGUGCAAUAAUGGGUAAAACUACUGAAGUAGCUAAUAGGUUACUUGAAGCAAUGGCUUCUAAUAAUUAUCAUUGGUCUAAUAAUAGGAAUAAACCAAAGAAUAAUGCUGGUAUGUAUGAAGUAGAAGGAAUUAACAUGUUCAAUGCAAAAGUUGACAGCUUAGUCAAUUUGUUUACUAAAAUGAAUAAUGUAAAUUCCGUGUCUACUACUAUGCCAUGUAAUUUGUGUGGAGGUGCUCAUUUGACCAAUGAAUGCAUUAAUGUGGAACAAGCUCAAUAUAUUUCUAAUUUUAGUAUGCACCCACAAAAUGAUCCCUAUUGUAAUACUUAUAAUCCAGGUUGGAGAAACCAUCCUAAUUUCUCUUGGAGAAAUCCAGGCCAACAAAAUGUUAAUGUUAAUUCACAACAUCCACCUGGGUUCCACCAAAAACAAAAUCAACAAGAAAUUAGACCAUCAUGGGAACUAGCUAUUGAAAAAUUAGCUAAUACUACUUCUGAAAGAAUUGUAAAGUUAGAAACUAAAGUUUAUCAGAUCGCUAUUUCUAAUAGAAAUGUAGAACUUCAACUUGGACAGUUAGCUAAUGCCAUAAAUUCUAGAAGUCAAGGAACUUUGUCUAGUAAAACUGAAGUUAAUCCUAAACAGCACUGCAACGUUUCUUAG